CUGUCAAGAACUGUCGUAGCAUCAACAUCAAACGCUUGGAUACAAUAGGUUUAGGGUUCAUACAGGGCACGCUGCGUCCAAAAAACGAGACAAUAGACAUCAUAGAAGAGGCGAGGGAACUUAUUGCGGAAUCAGUUACACUUUGCACUGUCUGCAUACAGCAGCCCUUAUCUUACAUGACAGAAUUACUAUGGAGUAUUCAACUGAACUUCAAAUGGAGAGCUAGACAAGGUGGCAGAAAUAGCACCCCACGAGUCUUUCAAGGGCAAUCGUACAGCCUGACGGAUGUGUUGGAUGUCCUCUGUAUAUUUAUCUGGGAUAAUACUGAACCUGUCUUGUAG